UGAGUCAGAGGAAGAGCCUCGGAGGCGCCGGGGGCGGGGAGGCUCGGGAGCGGGCGGCGGCGGCGCGGAGGAGCCAGCGGCUGGGCCCGGGCCCCGUGCGUCUAUCCGCGCCCCGUGGAUGCGAAUCGGCCGCGGCGGCGGCGGCGGAGGAGUCGGUGGGCCGGCGCCGGGCCGGCGGGACCGCGGAGGAUGAGGCCGCUGCCGGGCGCUCCCGGCGUGGCGGCGGCCGCCGCGCUGUUGUUGGUGCUCCUGCCCCGAGCCCGGGCGGACGAGCACGAGCACACGUAUCAAGAUAAAGAGGAAGUUGUUUUAUGGAUGAAUACUGUUGGGCCCUACCAUAAUCGUCAAGAGACAUAUAAGUACUUUUCACUUCCAUUCUGUGUGGGGUCAAAGAAAAGUAUCAGUCAUUACCAUGAAACUCUGGGAGAAGCACUUCAAGGAGUUGAAUUGGAAUUUAGUGGUCUGGAUAUUAAAUUCAAAGAUGAUGUGAUGCCAGCCACUUACUGUGAAAUCGACUUAGAUAAGGAAAAGAGAGAUGCGUUUGUGUACGCGAUCAAAAAUCACUACUGGUACCAGAUGUACAUAGAUGACUUGCCAAUAUGGGGUAUUGUUGGUGAAGGAGAUGAAAAUGGAGAAGAUUAUUAUCUUUGGACCUACAAAAAACUUGAAAUAGGUUUUAAUGGAAAUCGAAUUGUUGAUGUUAAUCUAACUAGUGAAGGAAAGGUGAAACUGGUUCCUAAUACUAAAAUCCAGAUGUCAUAUUCAGUAAAAUGGAAAAAAUCAGAUGUAAAAUUUGAAGAUCGAUUUGAUAAAUAUCUUGAUCCAUCCUUCUUUCAGCACAGGAUUCAUUGGUUUUCAAUUUUCAAUUCCUUCAUGAUGGUUAUCUUCUUGGUGGGCUUAGUUUCCAUGAUUUUGAUGAGAACUUUAAGAAAAGAUUAUGCCCGGUACAGUAAAGAAGAAGAAAUGGAUGACAUGGAUAGAGACCUAGGGGAUGAAUAUGGAUGGAAGCAGGUGCAUGGAGAUGUAUUUAGACCGUCAAGUCACCCACUGGUAUUUUCCUCUCUCAUUGGUUCUGGAUGUCAGAUAUUUGCUGUCUCUCUCAUUGUUAUUAUUGUUGCAAUGAUAGAAGAUUUAUAUACAGAAAGGGGAUCGAUGCUCAGUACAGCCAUCUUUGUCUAUGCUGCUACAUCUCCAGUGAAUGGUUAUUUUGGAGGAAGUCUGUAUGCUAGACAAGGAGGAAGGAGAUGGAUAAAGCAGAUGUUUAUUGGGGCAUUCCUUAUCCCGGCUAUGGUGUGUGGCACUGCCUUCUUCAUCAAUUUUAUAGCCAUUUAUUAUCAUGCUUCAAGAGCCAUUCCUUUUGGAACAAUGGUGGCUGUGUGUUGCAUCUGUUUUUUUGUUAUUCUUCCUCUAAAUCUUGUUGGUACAAUACUUGGCCGAAAUCUGUCAGGUCAGCCCAACUUUCCUUGUCGUGUCAAUGCUGUGCCUCGUCCCAUACCGGAGAAAAAAUGGUUCAUGGAGCCUGCAGUUAUUGUUUGCCUGGGAGGAAUUUUACCUUUUGGCUCAAUCUUUAUUGAAAUGUAUUUCAUCUUCACAUCCUUCUGGGCAUAUAAGAUCUAUUAUGUCUAUGGCUUCAUGAUGCUGGUGCUCGUCAUCCUGUGCAUUGUGACUGUCUGUGUGACAAUCGUGUGCACAUACUUUCUACUAAAUGCAGAGGAUUAUAGGUGGCAAUGGACAAGUUUUCUCUCUGCUGCAUCAACUGCAAUCUAUGUUUACAUGUAUUCCUUUUACUACUAUUUUUUCAAAACAAAGAUGUAUGGCUUAUUUCAGACAUCAUUUUACUUUGGCUAUAUGGCAGUAUUUAGCACAGCCUUGGGGAUAAUGUGUGGAGCAAUUGGUUACAUGGGAACAAGUGCCUUUGUCCGAAAAAUCUAUACUAAUGUGAAAAUUGACUAGAGACUCAAGAAAACCUGGAACUUCGGAUCAAUUUCUUUUUCACAGGGGUGGAACUUGCACAGCAAAAAAGUGCAAGAAGAAAUUUGGGCUUUAACACUGGGUACUUUGUGGGUCUCUCUUUCGAGAAUGGCUUAAAGUAACAUCUAAUUCCAUUGACCCUAGAUUCUUACUGACUGCUUUCUCCAACUGUUCACAGCAAAUGCUUGGAUUUUAUGCAGUAGGCAUUACUACAAUACAUGGCUAAUCUUCCCAAAAACUAGCUCAUUAAAGAUGAAAUAGACCAGCUCUCUUCAGUGAAGAGGACAAAUAGUUUGUUUAAAGCAUUUGUUCCAAUAAAAUGAAUAGAGGGAAACUUGGAUGCUAAACGUACAUGAAUACAAAUCUUCCUGGCACUUAAGUGUUUCUACAUUAUUGAAAAUGAUGUUCCAGAAAGAUGACUUUUUUCUCUUAUUUUUUACUGCCAUCAUCAACCUAUUGUGGGACAGUUUUAUAUAUUGUAUCUGAGUUCUUUUUUUUGACCUGUUUUUUUUUUUUUUUCAAUUCAACUGCAUCCUUUUUUUUUUAAGAGAUUUAAAAAAUAUUAAAUCUUGCAUGUAAUAUAUUUGCUGUCAUCUUAGUUGGACCAACUUCCCAUUUAUUUAUCUUAAAACUACCCAGUUACAGCCUAAUUCCAUCCAAAGAAGAUAGAGUCUGAAGAUAGAGGCUCACUCUCUACAAUGCAAUUUACUGUACAGUUAGAAAGCAAAGUAUUAAAUGGAGAACAUACUUGUUUUUAUUAAACAUUUUGAGAUUUAGAUAACUACAUUUUAACUGAAUGUCUAAAGUGAUUAUAUCCUCCCCCACCCCUCCCCAAGUUAGUCUUACAUCUUUUUUGGGUUUAAAUGAAGGUUUUACAUAAGAAAUUAUUAAAAACAAGGGGGGUGGGUAAUAAAUGUAUAUAAAAUUAAAUAAUGUAACGUAGGUGUAGAUUCUCAAAUGCAUUUGGAUGUACAGGUUGACUAUGGAGUACUUUUUUCUGAUGAUGAUUGGUGUAGAAAUGUGUGAAUUUGGGUGGCUUCUUAUAUCUUGCCUACCAUUGCAUGAAACAUUGGGGUUUCUUCAAAAUGUGUGUGUCAUACUAUUUUUGGGAGGGGGGAUUGUUUUCUUUUUCUUUUCUGAGACUCCUACAGGAGCUAAAUUUGUAAUUUAGAAACAUUUAAUUUUGUUAAUCCUGUUUGGGGCACUUAAGUAAUAUCUAAAGCAUUCCUGCUUUAGAAUGUUAAAAUAAAAUUUCCUGACCAAAAUGUUUUGUGAAAAUAGAUGUGUUUGGAAUUUGAAGAUCACUUUUCAAAAGGCAAUGUUACUGAAUGCAAUUUUUAAAAUAUACUGUAUACUAUGCUUUUCUAAUAUAGGGGACCCACACUUUAAAACCCCUACUUGCUUAUAUUUAGAUUAUCCAGUAUAGUCACAAAGUGAAUGACAAGCCCUUUGAAUGAAAUCGUGGCUUAAAUCUGUUCAGGUUGGUGUACCGUGUAAAGUGGGGAUGGGGUGAAAGUGGUUGGUUAGCUUACUCUUGGAUGAGCAAAUAAAGGUUACAGUUUUCUAAGAGAAUUGAUUUUAAUUUUGAAUAUAUCUUUCUGGAACUAUCCAUAAUGUGAAAUUUUCCUAGAACCAUUGAGUUUCUAAUUUAAUAGUUUGCUAUGCAAAUGACCUCAUAAAACAGUACUGUAUAUUGGUAUUUUUGGAAAGACUGAAACAGCAAUAUUUAAAUCUUAAUGUGACAUGCAAUUCAGUUACCCUAAGAUGUUUUCAUUACAAAAUAUGGUUCUGUAAAUAGACUCCAUGCUACAAUGUGGCAGGUAAGGACUAUAAAGAGGGAAAAGUUUGAUUUUUUCUUUACCACUUACGUAUGGCUGCAAUGAACAAAUUUGAUCAGAAGCUGUAGAUAAAUCCUCUUUUUCAAGCCAGAAUGUUACAUUAAAUGUAAUCUACUGGUUCUUCCAUUUUCUCUUCUUUUCAUCUGCCUUUAAGAUCUUAAAUCAAAAGUCAGUAUUUAUGGCUUAUUAUAUAAUGUUAUUUUUGACUACAUGUAAAAUACUAAUAACAACAUAUAAUCUAUCUGAUGGAGUGUAAAUUGGACCACAAGCUUUUAUCUUAAUAAAAUGAAAUUUGUUCUCAUGAAUCUUGCAGGUAAGAUACAGAGUUUUUAAAGAAUGAGUAGUUUAGCCACUUUCGGUACUCUAAUUCUUCCUACUAAAUUGAGCUCUAUUUGAAGUUCUUUGGAAUCUUCAGUGAAAAAUAAUUUUCUAAUUUCCAAAUACAUUAUAAGAUUAAUUAAAAUGAAUAUUGAUCACUGCAAAAAGUCCUUUAGAAAAUAUGGAUUGGUGUAUGGCUUCUUAGAGGGGCUGACUGUGUGGUCUGAAGAAGAUAGAAUCCUCAGUUGUUGAAUAGUAAAGCACAAUAUUAUUUAAGUAAAUUAAAGGGUGGGGUUUUUCCACUCCAUUAAUGCUGUGUAUCUGUCUUUCAUUUGUUAACAUUUGCUCAGCUUAUCACCUGAUGCUUUGAACACUAUCAAAAACUUAAAAAAGAUAAACUUUUACCUUAUAUCUAUAAGCAUGCUUCUCAUGAAAUCUAGCUAUACUAGUGAUUGAUAUUGUCUUACAUAUAUCCUAGUACAGGAGUAGGAUAAAGUGGAAAUGUAAUGGCUGGAGGGAUAAUAAAGCAUGUUGUAGUACAUCAUAUUGGGCUCCUAGAUUGUACUGAGUUGCCCAUAAAUCAAGCCCCGUACUCUUAGAGUUCGUUAUACUGUGGUGAUAACUGAUCCUAGUGAAUGAUAAGCUUGGGUGUUUUCCACUGAGAGUGGAUUCACCUCUAAUAAAAGUGGUGGCUGCAAAUUCCAGUUCUUCGAAAAACCACUUUACUUAGGGUUCAUUCACAAAUUUUAUUCAUUUUGAUGAAGCUUUUGUCUACUAACCCCCUUUUGCCAAAUGUCUUACAAAUUUUAAGAUUUCCUGAAUUUUUACAAAUGUAAAAAAAAUGUAUAAUGUAAUAUGUUCAGGAAAAGCUACAUACCGAAGGGCCUCUGGAUAUGAAUUCUGGGAAAGAGGAGCCUAUUUGUAACCUAUACACUGCAAUCUGAGUUUUAAGUUUAGACUUAGUGUGCUUCAUUCUGUUGAUUUAUUGGAACACAUAAAUGGGAGUGGUGAGGUAUGAAAACACAAGUAUUCGUUAAUGUGUAUCUUCAUAAAAAUUCCAUAGUUACUGAAGCUAUAUUUUAGCAAUCAAGAUGUUAAAAGAGAUCAGAGAAGUGAAAAUUUAUAAAGAUUGUUUGAGAGUGUGUAUGGAAAUAGACUAGACCAGGUAGAUCAGAAAGUUAGCAUAUAGAUGCAGAAAUUUGUAAGAUUUAAAUUCAGUAUGAGGAGGAACUCUAGUUCUCAUAAGUAUUUUCUAAAGGCCGUCUGAUUUGACAUUGUUACUGGAGUUAUAGGCAGAACUGUGUAAAGACAAGUAAAAAUGAAGUUCUCAUUCUGUAUGAGGAAGUGGAAAUAAACUGUGAAAGUGGCUUACAUUGAAGUAUUGGUGAAUGAGGCUUGCAAAUAAUUAAUAAGUUCUGUGCGUUCACCACAAUUCCUCAGUUUAGGUCAUUUGAAAGUUAGAAACAUUGUAAGUAAGAACUUAAGGCAAGGAAGAAAUAACACGGAAUUCUGUUUCAAGGACAACAGAGUAUACUUGGAAAAGCAAUCCACUUGGGCUUUUCAGCUGUGUCCAACUUGGAGUUAUAAAUUCCCACAGAGCGUGGACCAUCGGUGAGACUUGGAAGGAAACAUUGCUUGGUGGUCACUUCCAUUUUGUACACAACUUUGGUUUGUGUAGGCCACAUUCCAACUGGCUUUUUAGUAAGAAACCCAGUAUAUAAUGUAUCAAAUACAUUUGAGGUUCUAAUCUAGUCUGUUAAACUAACAAAUUGAAUUUUUUAAAAGUAAUAAAAAGUUAAAUGUA